AUGAUGAAAUCGACUUUCUACGUCGAGCUCCACCACCUCCAUCUCCACCACCAGCUGGGGAUGCCCCGCUUCACCCUCCACCCUCGCCUCCUCCUCCCCAAUCUCCAAUUGGGGUGGCAGCUCGUCGUGCUGCUGCUGGCAUCCAUCGUGUCCCUGCACCACCCAGAAGGGCUCCAGCUCCGGCUGCAGCUCCUCCCAGGCGCACCAUGGCAGAGAUCUUUGAAGAGAUCCCUGAAGACCUCAGCGACGAUGAGCUGCUUCUGA